UUCGAUGUAACAAAAAAAAAAAUCUAUUGAUUUCUAUAGUGGUUUGAACUCACGAUAAUAUUUUUAAGAAUGGAAUCGUCGUGAAUAGUGUAUUCGCGGCACAGUUGUUCAGUAUUAAUAUCGCGUUAUUGCAAUAGAUUUCCUUUAUGUUAAAAUGCCUAACGUUUGUAUUGCGUGUGUGAAACCAUUGCUCAAAAAUCCGAGUUCCAGGGUAUCUUUUCACGUAUUUCCAACAUGUCCAAAGAAACGUCAGGUAUGGAUCAACCGGUGUAAAUUAACUAACAAAGAAGUCUUACCAAACCAUAAGUUAUGCUCGUUUCAUUUUGAGCUCACAUGCUUUAAAUCCAAUGUAAAGAGGCGUAUACUUUACCCGGAUGCUAUACCAACAAUUUUUGAAACAAGCCAUGUUAAAAGAACAAAUUUGUCAUUAAAAAUGUUGAAAGGAAAAUCAAAAAAUUGCAUUAAGUUUAAUAAUUGUAUUCUAUGUGUGAAAUCAGCGAUAAAAUAUCCUAGCUCCAAGAUAUCUUUACACUUAUUUCCAGCAUGUCCAAAAAGACGGCAGGUAUGGCUUAAUAACUGUAAAUUAACAAACCAAGAAGUCUUACCAAACCGUAAGAUAUGCUCAUUUCACUUUGAGCCAACAUGUUUCAAAUCUACUGAAAGGAGGCGGAUACUUUACUCUAACGCUGUACCAACAAUUUUUGGAAAUGGCCUUGUUACAAAAAAAAAUCUGUCUUCAAAAAUUGUGAAAGGAAGAUCAAAAGAUAGUAACAUUGAAAUAACAUGUCAGAAACGGCAGUGUCAUAAUAUUUCACUAGUUAAAGUUGGCAAAGAAGUAUUUGAACACGUAAAAAGUAUUGCAACUAAUCGAAAAAGAGAAUUUGAUGAACUCGGUGGAGCUGUUACUAAACUAAAAAGUAAAAAGUCAUCGUUUAUGUCAGUAUUGAAACUUGUUCGUAUUCAAAUUUCAUUGGGUAACAAAAUAAAAUGAUUUACAACUGGUAGA